UAAUGUUCACAGAGUAACCAUAUUAUGAAGCCAAGGUUUUUCUUAAAUCUUACAAUGAUGCAAUAGGAUGUUUAAGGUAAGAUAUAGUUAUUAUAGAAAAUAAAUAGAGAGGCAGCUGAACAAAAAGCUCAAGUUGAAUUUUAAGAACAUGCACUUUAAUCUUUAGCUACAGCUCGUACAAGAUAGGAAGUAGAAAUUGUAUAUAAAUUAGCUUGAUGUAAGAGAUGGUUAGGUAGUAGCAGGAUUGAAUUUCGGUUAAUCAAAGUAGACAAAGCUUUUUCAAUUUUCUAAGUACAUAUAUAUAAUAAUUGAAAAGUUAUAUGUUUGCAAAAUAUUUGAAAGGAUUUGAGGAAUAUACAGGCAAUUUCAAGGGUUUCCAAUAGAUAUUAACAGAAGGACUGAAAAAGAUGAAAUCAGAUGUGAAAUGAG